UGUGCCUCUGACCAGAGAGCUGCUCAGCUAACUUUCUGCUGUGGUUUCAACUUCAACACUAUACCAAGUGGCAAAAAUUAGUGGUCUUAUCACACUUUCUGAGCAACAGUGGCAGAACUUUGACCUGGUGAGAAGACCUCCAUGUCAGCUCCUCCUCCUUCUCGUCCAGCAGAACCAAUCAGAAAGGAGCUUCGAGUCUCUUUGGCUUUGCUGAUAUAAGGAGAGCUUCACUGAAAGGUUUUUCACCAUGAGCCGGGCCUGGGCGGUGUUCAAGGCUCACCCCUACGUCAGUAACGUGCUGGGAUACACCACGCUGUUCGCCUCUGCUGACCUCAUACACCAGAGCGUGCUGGGUGGGAAACAUGCAGAAGGAUCCACGUCACAGGAUUCUGCCGGCAUCAACUGGUGUCAGACGGCUCGGGUGGCGACUGUUGGCUUCUGUUUCCAUGCCAACUUCAACUACCACUGGCUGCGAGCGCUGGAGCGGAUGCUGCCGGGAGGCGGAGUGAGGGCGGUGACUGGGAAGGUUGUGGUGGAUCAGCUGAUCGCAGCUCCUCUCACCAUCAGUGCCUUUUAUAUUGGUUUAAGUUUACUAGAAAACAAAGAAGACCUGUUUGAAGACUGGAGACAGAAAUUCUGGACAUCUUACAAGACUGGAGUGGUAUUUUGGUCCACAAUGCAGGUAGUGAACUUUACCCUGGUCCCCCCUGUGGCACGCACUGUGUUUGUGGGAGGCAUCGCACUGACUUUCACUAUCUUCCUGUGUCACCUCAGACAGCAGAGUGGCCGCAAACUCGAAUAAACUUGAGAUCGUCAACUCCAUGAUGCAAGUUUUUGUAUUGAAUGACUGUGACAUUAGAAAAAUGCUUAUUUAAGGGCAGAGUUCAGUUGCAAAGACAUACUGAGAAAACAAGGGAACAUAAAUGUACUUUAUUGAUCCCAAAUUGGGAAAUUCUAGAAAAAUAAGUUGUCAUCUCUGUGAAUCAGCUGAUUAUCCCUCAUAGGUUAUUGUUCAGCUGUGAUUUCUUUCUCGUUUCAACAGAAUACUGUAUCCAAAUGUGAAUUAUUGAUGCAACAGAGUUUAAUUCUGCUGGUCUAAUCUUUCCCCCAGAGGAAACAGAACUAUUAAAUCCAUAUUUUACUGUCUCAGUGUGUCAUACUGGAAUAACGUUGUCAA